AUGCUCAGCCGCAACGUUGUUCGCGGAGCCCACAAGGCAGCAACCUCUUCCACUUCUUCGAAACCCGUCGAAAAAGUGACCAAACUUGGAAAUGGACUGACCGUGGCGACUGUCGACUCGAAGAAACCAAUCACUCAACUGGUUCUUGCAUUCCGUGCUGGAAGUAGAUACGAGACUCCUGCACAAGCUGGUCUUUCUCACACUCUCAGAAACUUUGUCGGUAGAGACUCGAAAGAUCAUUUCGGAAGUGCCAUUGUCUGGUCCGCAUCGACGUAUGGAGGAGUAGUGAAAUCCUUCACUUCCCGCGACUUGUUCGGAGUCUCCCUCACAGUACCACGCGAUUCGACCUCUUAUGCUCUACACGUUCUGGCUCAAGCCGCCGCCGUCCCAGGGUUCAAGCCAUGGGAAAUAGAAGAUGUUCUCCCGACAAUGCGUGCUGAUAAUGGAUUCAGAACUGCCUACGAUUUGGUUGUUGAUCAGAUUCACAAGGCAGCCUACAGGCAUUUUAAUAUCUUCUCGUUGUAUUUCGCAAUGCGGGAUUGUUUUCAGAAAUGGAGGACUCGGAAACUCGGUUUACGCUCCAUGCUCAAAGAUUGGAGCUAUUUGCACGAACUCGUUGACUGCUUUCGCUGUGAGUUUUUUUAUAUUUUUUCAGGGUGUUCUACUGAAUGUGAGCAGAACUCUGAAAAUACUAAAACAACAGACAAGCACCUGGUCAAUGGAAAUGCUGUACUCUUCGCUACCAACGCUUCUCACGAUGACCUCGCCCUCUUCGGAGAGAACCACUCUCCAAUCAGAAACGGAUCAGCUGUGUCCCCAUCAUCAAGUGCUUACAAGGGAGGAGAAGUGCGCAGAGAUGCCGAUUCCAAGUACGCUCAUGUCAUCGUUGCUGGAGAAGGUGCCGCCGGAAACAACGCCAAGGCCUUGGCGACACAAGCGGUUCUUCUCACCGCCCUCGGAAAUUCGUCACCAGUCAAAUUCUCCACAUCUGCCACAGGAGUCAUUGGAAAGGCUGCCGGAGAGAAUGGAUCUGCCAGCGCUUACCAAGCCGUACAUUCGGACAGUGGACUCGCCGGAGCAUACAUUGUCGCCGAUGGAGCUCACAUCGGACAAGUGGUGUCGAAUGUUGUGGGUGCCUUGAAAUCUUUCAAGGUUGCUGAUAUUGAAUCUGAGCACCUUCAAAAAACUACAUACCGUAUUUCCUUCAAUAGAAGCAGACCAAACGCCGUUAAGAAGCAAGCCUACAACAACGCAUUGAGAGCAUCCGCCCAUAGUGACAACUUUGCCAUCGAAAGAACUUCCCAACUUUUCCAGUCCCAAGACAACUUCAUUGAAUUGAUUUCAAGUGUUUCCACUGAUGAUGUUGACGCUGCCGCUAAGAAAUUGACUAACAAACUCUCUGUGGCCAGCUACGGAAACAUCAACGAGGUCCCAUACGUCGACACUCUGUGA